AUGUCUGAUGCAUCGGAAACCAUAAGUUGUCCUUCUAAAUAUAACGACGUACUUGGACAGGUAGCUAUGAGUAACACGGGCAGUCAAUAUCUGACGGAGGAUGAAGACGGGGACAACACAACAACUGAGGACAGUUUGCAAACUGACAGCAACAACUCUCUGGUGAAACAAUUGCCUCCUCUUGUGUACAAGAUCAGCGAUAAUCCACCAUUGCAUCUAACUAUCAUCUUUGCUUUCCAGCAAGGUCUGCUGUCAUUCGCCAAUCAGCUGGCCCUGACACUGCUUGUGUCACAAGUCGUGUGUGGCGAACAUGACGCCAUCCUCCGCACCAACCUUCUGGGCUCCACCAUGUUCAUGAACGGUUUCACCACCUUCUUUAUGUGCUGUUUUGGAGUCAGAUUGCCGAUGUUCCAAGGCGGUUCGUACGAGUACAUUGUGCCACUGGUGGCGUUACAGGAAAUCAACCCUGGUCGCUGUAAGGCGGCCUUCACAACUGGACCUACAAACAACAACAGUGUCCACUAUUUCGAUUUCGACACAGACAACACAUCCUUUCACUUAAAUAGUUCACAAGUUCUGUCGUCUAUGAAAAUCGGCACGACCCAGCAUGUCAGCCAGGAAUUCAUCUACCAUAACUUACAAACGCUGAUGUUAUACUUACACUUUAUAUCCAUCCACAGCUUAAUUGGUGCCACAGGACUCGUAGGCACCUUACUUCGUUUCAUCGGGCCUGUUACUAUAGUUCCUGCAAUUUUAUUGGUUGGACUGUACAUGUUUAAAACGGUCACAAAAUUCGUCUCCGUCCACUGGGGAAUGGGACUCAUGACAUGUGCUGUAUCUCUGAUUCUAUCGCUUUACCUGGGACAAUGGAAGGUGCCGCUGCCAUUUUGGACCAGAUCAAAAGGGUUUCACAUUAUACGUUCACAGUUUCAUCAAACAGCAGCAAUUCUGAUAGCACUUUUGUUUGGAUGGGCUGUGAGUGCCAUACUUACAGUUUGUGGUGUGUUUUCCAAUGAUCCAAAGGCUACUGACUAUUUUGCAAGGACAGAUGUCAUGUCAGGUGUCAUACAGAACGCAAGCUGGAUAUAUUUCCCUUACCCAGGCCAGUUCGGCCCGCCAUCAUUCAGUGGUAGCGCAUUUAUUGGUUUUCUCAUCGCAACGCUGAUUUCUAUCCUUGACUCGAUUGGUGAUUACUACGCAUGCGCACGCACAUGCCGGGUACCCACACCUCCGACGCACGCUGUAAACAGAGGCAUUGCAGUGGAAGGUUUUUGCUCUUUCCUUUCUGGAACAGUAGGAUGUGGCCAUGCCACCUCCACUUAUGGUGGCAAUAUUGGGAUCAUAGGUCUCACAAAGGUAGCCAGCAGGCGUGUGUUUAUGGUAGUCGGUAUUUUAUACAUGCUGUUUGGAACACUAGGAAAAUUCUGCGCAUUUUUUAUAAUGAUCCCGUAUCCAGUGUUAGGAGGGACAGUGCUGACCAUGAUCGGGAUGUUUACAGGAGUUGUACUUUCCAAUCUACAACACGUCAGUCUCACGUCCAACCGGAAUCUCGCAAUCAUUGGAAUCUCUCUGAUACUCGGGUUAAUGGUUCCCUACUGGGUAGAGAAGAACUCUUCCGGGAUCGAUACAGGAAAUGCCAGCUUGGACCAACUACUCAUUAUGUUAAUGGGGAAUGCAAAUCUGACUGGAGCUGUGACGGCCUGUCUCCUGGACAACACUGUACCAGGUACUCGCGAGGAAAGGGGCUUAGCUGCAUGGGAACAUAAGGCUAUGAAAGGAGACGAUCCUCACACAAAAACAAAUGAAGAAAUGGGAUACCUGGAGGGACUUGAUGUUUAUGACCCUUUGGUCCCCAAAUUUCUUCGAGGAUGGAAAGGUUUCAAGUACAUCCCUUUUAUGCCGGAUCACUUGUGUGAAAACAAGUCACCUAACGACACGACAGAGAUGAAUGGUGACUGUACAGCGUGUUCGAAUUGUUGA